AUGAGCGCCGUUUCCCUAGCUAGUGAUGGCAAUGGUCAAGCUUGCGAGGUAAACCUUUAUACACUGGUCCGCAACUUUGCCGCAGUAACUGUCAUGUCAGCAAUCAUGGGUGAAGACUUUAUGGAAGCACUUCCAAAUACCCCAGAUGAUAUUCGGACAUUUAAUAAUAAUUUCAAUGCCAUUGUCCUGGGAAUUCAGCGGUGGGUUCCUUUCCCAGGACUUCCCACCUCAUAUCGGUCGCGACGAAGGCUUUUGCAGGGCAUGGAGGCCUUUCAUUCCGCUUUCGAAGUUGCGGAAAAUGGCCACGACCCCGGAUUCGACUGGCGUCAAAUCGAUGAAGCCUCCGAGUUCAUUCAAAGCCACUGUCGAACUUGGAAAAACGCUGGACUAGCCGCUACGUCAAUGGCCUCUGAAAGUCUAGCACUCUUGUGGGCUAUGGACACGAAAUUGAACACAAUCAUAUGUUGGAAUCUCAUUCACAUUUUGGCGGAUGGUCCAACCCACUCUCAGGUCAUGAAGGAAAUUGCUCCGUACUCUCGAGCAGGCAGGCCAAACUCGGGAGAGGCAGGAUUCCAACUACCAGAACCACCGCGACUAUCGCUGGACGCCGAUCGCCUUGUUGAUUCUUGCCCUUUGCUCAAAGCGACAUACUACGAGACUCUUCGCCUACACUCUUGUCCAUUCAACUACCAUAAGAUCACCGAAGAUUUCAAACUCACCGAAUCUGCGGCUGAUGCAAAAAUCGUGAACCGAAAACGGCAAACCUAUGAAUUUAGAAAGGGGGAAUAUAUCGCAAUACCCCAUGCUCUUCACAAUACUGAUUCACACUACUUCGGAGACCCGGAAGAAUUCGACCCGGAAAGGUUCUUAAUGGAAAAGGAUGCGGAUAGCAACAAGCCAUCUGGCAAGGGUGCGACGUCUGAAAAGCGAAAAUCGUCCGUCGCCCAGCCGGGGCUUAAAAUACCAGAGAUAUGGACUGUGGAGAGUGGCGGUGGAGAUACCGUGAGCCAAGAUGGAAAAUUUGCUGAAAGGGUAACGUUGGGAUUCGUCGCUGGUUUAUUGGCAAUGUGGGAUAUUCAGCCGGUCAAGGGUUUCCUAGCCGGAUCACCGUUAGAAACGCAAAUCCGCGGGUGGGAACCGUUCCUUGAAUCAAAUGCUGAGAGCCUCAUCAUAAACAUUGAUAGCGAGACAUUCUCAGAGCCCAAAACACGAAAUACCCUUCAAACCUAUUCGCGACAUAGUAAGGCGCAAAGUGCUGGCGUCAGCUUCGAUGCUAUUUUGGUAGACUACAAGAAUCUGGAUUGA